UUGCAUUAUUCUGCUAUGUCAUGUUUAUGACAGAUUUAUGACAAGUUAUGAUGUACUGGUUUGUGUCAAGUUGUCAUAACAAAGACAUUUCAAACAAUGUCAUAUUUGCAUUUAAAAUUACAUAAUUGAGCAAAUGACACUUAAUGACAGUUGUCAUAAAUGUGCAUAAAAUCUCCUUCAUGUUCAUGACACGUGACGCGUCAUGUCAGGAUUAUAAAGGUGUCGUGUCAGUCUUAUGAACACCCCUUCAAGUAAAGUGUUACAAAAAAGGGAUAAAAUAAAUUAGCUUGCACUAGUUGUCAUGUUUGCUUUACAUUAUAGUUUACACUAAAUGUAUAUUUUACAUGCACAUUCAUGUUUUGUAUAUGUUUUUGUGUAGAUGAUAGUCCAUGCAUUUUUUGCAUUUCACGCAUAAAUAAAGGGACUUUUAUUUUGCUUCGCGGAGCCUGUCGUGUGGUGACGUCAUAAGAUGUGCCACUGACUCCUCUGUGAAUGGAAGAGUGAGGUGUUUGUGUGAGGUCUUUUGCUGUAGAUGGCGAACAAAAAAUCUUAAAUGACACAAGUCAUCUAUAAAUACUGUGAAGAAGUCAAACAAGCAGCUGCUGUCACAACACAUUCAACUACUCUUCUAUUCUGAUCCACUGUUGUAAUGAUGGAGUGUGUUAAAGAGGAGACUGAUCCUGAAUCAUUCACAAUAACACCUCAACAUACUCAACAACAAACAGUGGAAAUAAAAGUGGAAGGUGAAGAACACAAUGAAGUGAAGGAUGAACAUCAGCACCACAGUUUCAAAACUGAAGAAAAUUCUUCCCGCUACUCACAAACUGAUGAGAAAUCACUUCAUGAUAUAGCUGAAGCCCCAAAAUCUUUUGCUUGCAAUUUUUGUGAAAAGACUUUCAAACGAAAAGGGCAGCUAACACAUCACCUAAAAAUUCACACUGCUGAGAGGCCUCACGCAUGCUCCCACUGUAACAAGACUUUCAUCCAAAACCGUCAGCUUCAGUAUCACAAAAGGAUUCACAUGGGUGAGAGGCUGUACACCUGCCCCCAAUGUGAUCGGAUUUUCCCAUCAAAAUCUAAUCUAGAGAAUCACAUACGAGUUCACACUGGAGAAAGACCUUUCAAAUGCCCUCACUGUGAUAAGAGUUUUACACAUCGAGGAACUCUUAGGACUCACGUACGAGUUCAUACAGAUGAGAAGCCUUUCUCGUGCCAUCUAUGUGAUAAGAGUUACACACAGGCACAAUGUCUCAGAGUUCAUCUGCAGUGUCACUCGGACGAAAGUCACCUGAAGACUCAUACAGAUGAGAGGCCUUGCUUAUGCCAUCUGUGUGGCGAGGGUUUCACAGAUGAAGAGAAUCUUACACGUCAUCUGCUGUUUCACUUGAACGAAAGUCUGUUUAGCUGCGAUCAUUGCGGUCAAAAGUUUGUUACGGCAGCACUGCUAAAGAGUCACAUGAAGACUCAUGCGGGUGAGACGCCUUGCUUAUGCCAUCUAUGUGGUAAAGCUUUCACAGAUGGACAGAAUCUUAAACGUCAUCUGCUGAUACACUUGAAUGAAAGUCUGUUUAGCUGUGAUCUGUGCAGUACAACGUUUGUUUCAGCAACAAUGCUAAAGAGACACCUAAAGACUCAUACAGAGAAGAGGUCGUAUUUGUGUUCUAUUUGCGGCAAGACUUGUCUAUCGCUCAACAAAAUGCAGGAGCACCAGAAGAGGCAUACGGGUGUGAAAUGCUCCGUGUGUGGAAAUGUUUGUGAGGGACCCAAAGAGCUGGAGCAGCACCAGAAGAUCCAUACUGAAGAAAACCCCUAAAAGUGUUUACAUUGUAUAAAGAGUUUAAUUGAAUCUGUGACGCUGAUAAACACAAGCGACUAUGACUGUAUAGAGGGUAUGCAUUGACGUCACUUUUCCACGUGAACACACCGGAACUCGCCCUGUCGAGUGGCAACGUUCAACAAAAUGGCUGGUUUUCAUAGCCAGUAAAACUGACUAUUAUCAGCUUAAAUUGAAUUGAGUUGGACUUGAUAGCAGAGGUGGACAAUACUUAGUUACAAUAGUUAAAUUUUUCAAGCAUCUGUGCUUUAUUAGGGUGUUUGUCUUGGGGGAAAAUGUACUUCACUACAUUCUAAAGCAUAGAAUCAUACUGUGUAUUCUUUUAUAUUGCAUAGUAAAAUGUAUUUAAUACCUAAUUACAUUAAAAUUGUGUACUUUUACUUGAGAAAAAGUAUGUUAAUGUACUUAAAUAUUAAAUGUUAAACUUGUAUUUAUGAAAUGUAAUAGAAUAAAAAUUAUGAUAAUAUGCUUUGGAAUGUAUGUUUUCCAAAGAUAAACACGGAUAAAAUACAAAUACUUGAAAAAAUACUUUUAAGUAGAAAGUAAAACCUCUGGUUGAUAGUGACCCUACUUAUCAACCCACCUGUGGUCUGUGGACGUUGGCAUGAACGAUCUAUUUACUUCUCCUUUCAGUGUUUUUUGGCAGUCUGUUUAAGACAAUAGCUUCGAAUUCUUGUUAAUCUGUUAGUAGUACAGCUGUUUUCCAUUUAGACACGUUUUCACUGUGUUUUCGCUGAUUUCACACUGUACACAAAUGCAGCCGCUCUGUCUUUUGCCACUCAGUGGGCAUAACCGCAGUCAUUCUCGCCGAAGGUGACGUCAUGUGCAUACUCUAUACCGGAAAAAAAAUGCACCAUUGUUAUUCAUGUUGGAGAAGUUUCAGACAUAGAAAAGCACUGUUUUGCAAAUUUGCAGCUAUCUAUGGGUAUGAUGUGAAAAGAAAUCGUUCACCCAAAACUGAAAUUCUGUCAUUAUUUAUUGACACCUCAACUUGCACUGCACAUUUUAGUUUAAUUUCACAUUUAAUUUCAUAUCAGACUCAUUUAAGUGACUGCUUAUAGCUGUUGGUAAAUCAGUCUGCACUAGUCAUGGUGUUUGUUUCUGUGUUGCGCCAGCGUAACAUUUACAAAAAAGAUGUGUUGUUUUUUAGGGGUGCACCGAUAUAUCGGCUGAUGAUGCUUGCUACAUCCAAACGCCAGGGGGCGCUCUCGUGCAGAAACCCAAUAUGCGCUGUAGACGAAGAACCACACACACACACACACACACAGCUCCAGGAAAUGGCUUAAGGAUAUACUUUUAUUGCUGUUCUUCAAACCUUUUUAGGUAUUUUCGUAAGGAAUAAUUGACGACGGGCCAUUGAAUUAUAAGAAAAUAAUGCACACCAAGGUGGUAAUUACACCGCAGGUGUGCAUUAUUUUCAAAUAAUUCAAAGGACCUCAGUCAAUUAUUCCGCUUAUACCACGGUUACCACAAACAUUGCUCUGGUGCCUACUUUUAAGACAUUUGAAAAGUUAGGUAUGCGGUUUACAGAAAAAUAAUCAACACCCAUAGAACAUUUCUCAGCCAAUCAGAAUGCAGCAUUCAACAGACCCGUUGUAUAAAUGAUAAUAAAGAAUAUGUUUAAUAAUUAUGUUUGACUAGUGUUGCUUUUUCAAAGGCAUGUUUAAAACGACUCAAACUAACAGUGAUUUCAGAUCGAUAAGGACUUACUGAUCAAAAGCCGUAGUACACGAAAUAGCUGUGAAUAAUAUCGUCUGUGUGAUUCAGAAUAGUUAUCGUCCACAUAUUAUUAGUGUAUAUCGGCAUUUAUCAGUGCACCCCUAUUGUUUUAGCAAUUUAUGCAAAGCAAUCUUUAUUUCACAGUAUUUUUUAUGUUUUAUAUUGAUCAAUGUUAAAUAUAUUUAUUUGUAUUUGUGGAUUUUUAAUGCAUUUCACAAUGUUGAACUUUGGGCAUUUUCCAGUCGGACGUGAUUUUAUGUUCUGUUCCCUUCAAAGAUGUGUAAACUCUAGAGGAAGUUACGCAGUUGUGGCCGAUUAAAAUACUUGGCGAACAGAGCAAUGAAAAUCAACGUAGCAACGUAUUGUUUAUGUGGCGCCCCCUUCGUGAUGGGCCCUCAACUCUUAUAUUAUGUUCCAGGUCGAUUUGACCCAUUUUUAUUUUUAAGCUGUUGGAAAAACAAGUUAACCUGUGAUUUUAUUCUUGAAAUUUUGUGAUUUUUUUCCUCAUUUAUGGCAACGAACAUGCAUGCAAAGAUAGGAUAAAGUGAUAUGUUUUGAAGUGUAUGUAAAUAAUUUUAUAACGAUUUUGAUGGUCGCAGGUCAAUUUGACCAACAUUUUUGUUCCCAAGGCAACUGUACAGACCCAAAUUAAAUAUCGGUUUUCAGUA